CGUAAGUACAUAUACACUGGCGUUUGGCUGACAUUUGAGUGAAUGGAUGGCUUGAAGUCCUAGUGGUCCUCGACGACGAUGGCUGCGGACACUGUGCACACGCUUGGCCCACCUAUGAUUCUCAGUGUUCCCUUCCCUUUGGCUGAGUCGCUGUCACGGUGAUGCGACCCGUCACGAGCUCGAUGUUGCAUCCCAACUGAGACCGGCCAAUCCUCGUCUGCAUCCUCCACGCCCAUGGCCGCCGUAUUCCAGGGUGUAUUCGACUCGCUCCCUGUACCGCCUCCGCUGCUCACUCUGCUGUGCGGAGCGUACGCGGCAUACCAGACCAGGAGACUGCUCGACUUCGCGUGGUUCUACUGGCUCCGCCCGUCCAGCGUGCACCGCUACAUCCACGGUCCUCCAGCAUACGCACUCGUGACCGGCGCGUCCGACGGCAUUGGGAACGCCGUCGCGCGUGAGCUAUACGAUAGCGGCUUCAACCUCAUCCUGCAUGGACGCAACGAGGAGAAGCUCCGCAAGGUCGCGGACGAGAUCCGCGCGCGAGGCAACCGCGACGUUCGCUACUUCAUCGCGGAUGCCUCGGAUCCAAGCCAUGACUUUGCGAAGCUCGUACAGCCGUUUUCCGACCUCAACGUUACGGUCGUGAUACACAAUGUUGGAGGCUCAGGUAUCGCCCAAGACGGCAUCGACAGUUUCACCGACACGCAUCUGGCCGGCAUUGUCCACCAAAAUGCCAUGUUCCAUCUCCUCCUCACACGGGCCCUCCUCCCAUCCCUACGCACCUCCGCCAAGCGCGGCCCCGUCAUUGUCCACUUCGUCGGCUCCGUCACCGCCGACAUCACGCCCCCGCGCCUCGUCGCAUACGCCGCCUCCAAGGCCUUCGUCCGUGCGCUCGCGCGGGGGCUCGACAACGACGAGCAGCUCUGGGGCGCCCCGUCCGGCGUGCGCUUCGCGUGCAUCACCGUCGGCGAGGUCCAGUCGAACAGCCACAAAGCCAAGGCGUCGCUCGUGUGCCCCACCGCGGACCGCUUUGCGAAGGCGGUGGUGGCGAAGAUUGGGUGUGGAAGGAGACAGUACACACCGUGGAUGCCACAUGCUAUACUCAACUGGGUGACGGGGCUUCUUCCUGAGCACAUGCUCGAUAAGACGGUCGCGGAGGCUAUGCAGCAGACUGCCGCUAGAGCAAAGCAGGCUUGAAAGCGUGCGUGCGUUACGCACGAAAAUGUAUUGACGUUUGUUGCCAACUGUACUGGACGAAUGUAUAAUCUCACAUUUGCGCGAGCACAUCUGUGCAUAUUCGUGCGCCACGUCCAAGGGUUGUAUGUGAACGUCUGAACGAUGCAGCUAGCUUACUCGGACGAGACAAAACAUUCUGGGAUAACCCAACUCUCUGGCGGGGAGUCGAGCAUCGCGGAGAUAGAUAGUAGAGAUGACAGGCGCGUGUACUAAC